CAAACAAAGACGGGUUAAACUAUGGUGCUACUAUCUAAUAUUUUAUUGCUGACAACAUAAAAAAACUAUCUUUAUUUUUUUUUGUUUUUUUGUUCAUACGUUUGUCAAAUUUAAAAAAGGAACUGUGAUGUGGUAGAGAGAAGGAGAAGGCAGGAAGUUCGAUGGCAGAAAGUGGAGAGAGCAAUAAGAAUAAAUUGAAGCUGUAUUCUUACUGGAGGAGUUCUUGCUCUCAACGUGUUCGCAUUGCUCUUAACCUCAAAGGGCUCGAAUAUGAGUAUAUACCUGUUAACCUGCUUAAAGGAGAACAUUUCAGUCCUGAUUUCUUAAAGCUGAAUCCUCUCGGAUAUGUGCCUGCGCUGGUAGAUGGGGAGAUUGUAAUUUCUGACUCUUUUGCCAUUUUAAUGUAUUUGGAAGAGAAGUACCCUCAGCAUCCUUUGUUGCCUAGUGAUCUUCAGAAAAAAGCCCUUAAUUAUCAGGCUGCAAAUGUUGUCUGCUCUAGCAUACAGCCUCUUCAAAACUUGGCUGUGCUAAAGUAUAUUAAGGAAAAAGUUGGUCCAGAUGAGGUGAUUCCUUGGGUUCAGAGUCAUAUUAACAAAGGGUUUGCAGCACUAGAGAAGCUGCUAAAAGACUCUGCUGGAAAAUAUGCAACUGGAAAUGAAGUAUCCAUGGCAGAUCUGUUUAUAGAACCACAGAUUCAUGGAGCAAUUAAAAGGUUCAAUGUUGACAUGAGUCAGUUCCCUCUUCUAUCAAGGUUGCAUGUAGCAUAUAGUGAGCUGCCAGCAUUCCAGAAUGCCAUGCCAGAAAAUCAGCCAGAUGCCUCACCUUCAUCUGUCACUUAGCUGAACCAGUAUAUCCUGAAGAUCAGAUUUUCUCAUCGGAAAAUAUCGAUGUAAAGCAACAAUCAGUGAGAUAUCGACGUAAAGCUUGUGAUUUCUAGUAUGACAUUACAAUAAGGAUUUGGUUGUACCAAACAUGUAUGUAUCAAUGCAGAUUUAGAAUAGUAAUGGCACAGCGAAGGUAACUAUCUUGAUAUGAAUAAAUUGUCUGGCAUGCAUGCAUGCAUGCAUGCCUCAAUCA